CGUCUGGAGAGUUGCUCCGAAGUUUCGGGGGCUGCGGGUGGGCGCGCGUCCCAGGUGCGGGGCCGGGGAGGCGGAGGCCAGCCCGGGCUGGGAGCUGCGCUGCGGCUCGGGGGCGGGAGGCGGAUCGCGGCUCCUAGGAUGUGGAAAGGGGACGGCGGCGCAGGGGGAGGAGACCCGCACGGCUAGGGCAGAGCGCAGGGGGAGGGGAGCGGGCCGGAGGCGGGCGAGGGGGGCCGCGAUCCCGCGCGCCGCGAACAUGGCCUCCUUCCCCGCGGGCCCCGCCGAGCCCCCCAGCCGGGGAGGGCGCUCCCCCGCCGGAGGAGAGCAGAGCCAGGAGGAGGACGAGGGUGCCGCCGAGGAGGCGCGCCAACUUCUGCCAACUUCGGCGCCCGCCCCGUCGCCGCAGGCUCCUCCCGGCCGAGAGCCAGAGGACGGCGGUGGCGGAGGAGGAGGAUCGGGUGCGGCGACGGCUGCUGUUACUUCUCCAAGCGCGGGGAUCGCCUCCGCCGCCCCCGAUCCUCCGCGCUCCCCGCGCUUCUCGGCGGAGCAGGUCUCUUGCGUGUGCGAGGCACUGCUGCAGGCGGGCGACCCCGGCCGGCUGGGCCGCUUCCUGGGCUCGCUGCCGCCCGACGCCGAGGCGCCGUGCCUGGAGGCGCAGGCGGGCGAGAGCCUGGCCAAGGCGCGCGCGCUGCUGGCCUUCCAGCGCGGCGACUUCGCGGAGCUGUACCGCCUGGUGCAGAGCCGGCCCUUCGGCGCGCCGCACCACCCGUUCCUGCAGGACCUGUACCUGCGCGCCCGCUACCGGGAGGCCGAGGCUGCCCGAGGCCGGGCUCUGGGCGCCGUCGACAAGUACCGGCUGCGCAAGAAGUUCCCGCUGCCCAGCACCAUCUGGGACGGCGAAGAGACGGUGUACUGCUUCAAGAGGCGAUCGCGGGCAGCCCUGCGCGACUCGUACGGGCGCAGCCGCUACCCGAGCCCCGAGCAGAAGCGGCGCCUGGCCCAGGACACCGGCCUGUCGCUCACGCAGGUCAGCAACUGGUUCAAGAACCGACGGCAGCGCGACCGCAGCGGAGGAGGAGGAGGAGCCGGAGGAGGCGCCGGCACGCCCAGCAAGAGCGAGUCUGACGGGAACCCCAGCACGGAGGAUGAGUCCAGCCACGGCACCGAAGAAACCGAAACGUCCAUGGGGAUUUCUGCGACCCCCGAAGGGAUGCCCACUCCCAACAGCCUGUUCCUGCCAGCCGCUUGCUCCAGCGCCUCUUCCAUCCUCCUGAACGGCAACUUUAUCACUGCUAGCUCCCCGACCAUGCUGCUGAACGGUGGCUCCGUCAUCCAGACCCCCAGUGGAGGAGUCAUCCUGAACGGCUUGACUCUCGGCGACAACCAGACCAUCACCCUCAGCCCCGUGGCAGCGCCCAGCCCGCCCAUUCUUCUCAACGGAUCCAGCCCCCUGCUGGGCAGCAAGCCCCCAGGCCCACCCGGCGGCCAGGAGGCCCCCAAGGCUCUCCAGGAGCCCCUUCCCCCGGCCACUGUCAUUUUCAGCCCAGCUGCCACUCUUCAGGGGGAAGUGAAGUCGGAAGCAGCAGAGGCCCUGACAUUUGGUGUCGAGGUCAAGCUGGAAGAGGGGCAGGUGGCCGCCCCACCCGUAUUGCCCGUCCCUGACGCUGCCACGCUCCUCUCCAACCACAAGGGGCCCCUGCUGGCGGCUGUUGCCAUGCCUCAAGUGGUCCCAUCAAACGAAGAGGCCCCCACGGCUGCACAGCAGCUGCCCCCAGCACCUCAGCCAUCAGCCACAUCCAGUCCUCAGAUGGUACCUCUGGCCAAGUUGGUCCCCGGUGCCCAAGCCCUGCCAGCUCCCCAGGUGACCGCAGCCAUGGUCGGUGGGCAAGUGACCCAGUCUUCCCAAACUACCACAGCCACACCGCUGCUUUCCAUGCCAGGCCCCUCGCCACCCCAGGCCACUGUUCUCCACGUCCCUGCCCCAUCCCUGGUCCCCAUCGCCCAAGUCUCGCCCCCUUCCCAGGUGGUGCCGCUCUCCCAGCCUGGCUCUGGGACCCAGGUGCUCUCCCCGUCCCAAAUGGUGCCCGUUUCACCAACGCAGAUCUACGCCGUCCCCCAGGGGGCUCCUGCCCCCCAGCUCGUCUCGCUCCCCCAAGUGGCCCAGGGCUCCCAGAUUAUCUCUCUGCCCCAAGUUGUGCCCACCUCCCAGGUGGUCACCCUGCAGCAGGGCAUGGGCAGCCCGAUCCAAAUCCUGUCCACCAGCGGCGCCCCCAUCAAAGUGGGGGCCAUGGCAGGGGUGCCGCAGGUGGCCGUGUCGGCGGGAGGAAGCCUUGGCCAGAGCAACGUGCACCUCAUCAACGCCAACAUGGGCAUGACCACGCUGCAGCUCCCGGGCACCGCGCAAGGCAACAUCCUCCUGACCAACCCGGCAACAGGGAGCAGCACCAUCGUCACGGGAAUGGCUCUGCAGCAGGGGAAGCUGAUCCUGACGGCCACCUUCCCAGCUGGCAUGCUGAUGACCCCCAUCCUCUCAGCCCAGGCCACCCCGACUUUGACCCUGCCCAUCAAGCAGGAAGUGGCGGCCGUGAUGGCACCGGCAACUCUGGGGAGCAGCGAAGGCGGCGGUGUGUUGUUCUCAGGGGGCGCUUCCGUGCUCCCCCCCGGAGUCUCCCCGCUCUCGGCGCACGACGGCACCGGGCCGACCGACUUGGCUUUCGGCACAGAUUCUGGCCAAGCCGGCCUCCUUUCAAACUUUUCCCAGCCGGACGGCCUGGCCAUGUCUCAGCAGCAGGUGGUUUGGUCCAGCCCGGUGGGCAUGGACCUCCAAGGGACCAGCACCGAGGGGCUGUUUGAGAUGGACAAGAACUCUAUGGAGGUGCAGAGCGGCCUUCUGCGUCUCCCGGAGGGAGAGGGCCUCUUGCUGGACGCCUCUGGGGGUGACCCCAUGGGCCCCGAGGCUCUAGACUCGGACGAGAAGGUGCUAACCCAGCUGCAGUCUGUGCCGGUGGAAGACUCUCUGGACUUGUAAGCACCCACGAGGUGUGUCGCAGAGUCUUCACCUGCCCACGGAACAAUAUUUUAAACCUGCUAUCUUUGGUCCCCACCUGGUCCAGACAGGACGGUUUGGGGAUGCUACAAGUGCCUUGAAAAGGGAAACCUGGGUGAGCCCCUGCAGUUUGUGCUAUUGCUGCUGCACAUCUUUUUUUCUUUUUUUUUUUUGCAAACACUACAGAAGGGGGGGGGGGAACCAGCACUGGGACACUGCUGACCCCUUUAUCCGGUGUGUGCAACUGCCUGUUCAGCAACCCCAGUGCCACCUUGUGGCUGCCAGUAGAACAGCAAGCACUAUCUUCCCCUUGGAGGUGUUGCCCAUUCACCUUGUUUCUUUCCUCCUUCCCGAGCCCUCCUAAAGCUCAGGCACAGAGUUAAGGGUGUUUUCUACCUUCGUGGCCUUCCUGCCUUUUUUAGAAACCUACCUAACAUCUACCAAGUUGCUUAGAAAGCUAGGGAUUUUUGUUGAUACUGGGGCAGGGAGCACUUCAUAUAGACAGCUCUUUGUCCACCUGGCAUCCCUGAGAGGGGGCUGGUGGGAGUUGUAGUCCAAAGCAGGUCAGCUGACUUACAUCACAAGGAGAGCCUUCCUCUCCCCUCAUCUAUGGUGCUAGGGAACGGGUCCAGCUGCUAGUCUGAGCCCAAGUCCCAUUUCGGAGGGGCAGGGAGGACAUCAGAGGUCCCAGUGCUUGUCUCCUGUUCCAGUUAGGCUUGUACUCUUUCCCAGGGUAGGGGUGGGGUGGCUAUUGUCAUUUGAGCUUGGCUUCUCGAGGGCUUUUAGUCUUGCAGUGCUGUCCUAGAGAGGUGAACUGUCCUGUUCCAAAGUCAAACGCUUUGGCGCUAGAAAACAAUGCAGACAUUGUUCCAGUCCUCCAGGGCAGAGAAGCCUGGCUAGAAUGUCUCCUCUGGAUCCAUCUUUUGUCUUUGGAAUAGCUUUCUGGCGUUUUAACCCUGGGCUGAUCUCCGCUGCUUUGGGCGGGAACAGCAUAAGAAGCACAUUUGUUAAUAGUGGGAUUGGAUCCUGCAGAAGAGUCCUGCCAUUAAAGACACAAGGGAGUAGGUGUCAGGUGUGGAUAUACAGUCUCUUAAAGGUAAAGGUAAAGGGACCCCUGACCAUUAGGUCCAGUCGUGACCGACUCUGGGGUUGCGCGCUCAUCUCGCAUUAUUGGCCGAGGGAGCCGGCGUAUAGCUUCCAGGUCAUGUGACAAAGCUCCUUCUGGCAAACCAGAGCAGCACAUGGAAACGCCGUUUACCUUUCCGCUGUAGCGGUUCCUAUUUAUCUACAGUGGUACCUCGGUUUAUGAACACAAUUGGUUCCGGAAGUCUGUUCAUAAACUGAAGCGUUCAUAAACUGAAGCGAACUUUCCCAUUGAAAGUAAUGGAAAGUGAAUUAAUCCGUUCCAGACGGUCCACGGAGUACUUAAACUGAAGCGUUCAUAAACUGAAGCGAACUUUCCUAUUGAAAGUAAUGGAAAGUGGAUUAAUCCGUUCCAGACGGGUCCGCGGAGUACUCAACCUGAAGCGUAGUUAACCCGAAGCAUGGGUGUAAUUGGUUCCGGAAGUCUGUUCAUAACCUGAAGCAUUCAUAAACUGAAGCAAACUUUCCCAUUGAAAGUAAUGGAAAGUGAAUUAAUCCAUUCCAGAUGGGUCCGCGGCGUUCGUAAACCGAAAAUUCGUAAACCGAGGUGUUCAUAAACCGAGGUUCCACUGUACUUGCAUUUUGACGUGCUUUCAAACUGCUAGGUUGGCAGGAGCUGGGACCAAGCAAUGGGAGCUCACCCCUUCACAGGGAUUCAAACCGCCGACCUUCUGAUCAGCAAGCCCUAGGCCCAGUGGUUUAACCACAGCGCCACCUGGGUCCCACCUGGUACAGUCUCUUAAGCCACUGUAAAAAUUAGCUUUAGCUGCACCUCAAGAUCCCCUGUGUUGGGGGUUGGGAGCAGAAGCCACACAUUAAUCUGGGACUCUCAGGAUUGGGGCUCAAUCCAGUUUGAAAGACAGAAAUGUCAUGCAAUCGGGCCUAACCAAGCAUUACCCUCCCCCAACUUCCCCUGGGGCGGUUUCCUCUGAAUGCUAAAAUCAGCCAACGGCCUGCCUUUUUUAUUUUUAGACAGAGAAGAAAUUAUAUUUAAAUAUAUUUAAUAAUGUAUUUUUUAGAAGAAAGGUCAUUUAAAAAUCAAUUCUUUCCCCUUAUUUUUCUAUAAGCUGGUGGCAUCUCUCAUUCCUAUAUAUUUAACAGUUUCCUUGUCAUCUUGAGGGGAGAAGGUUUUUCUUCUUCUUUUUGUUGAUGUUUUCCAAAACCUUUUCUCAUACUGCACCCAGGUUGUUGUUGGUGAACCUUAAGACCGUGAGCAAAGUACGAGAUCCAAGACCCUCAUGCGGGGAUUGAGGAAUCUUCCAUAAGUGAAAAGGCCUCCAUCCAUAGAGCUGCUUUGGAGUGAGGUGUGGGUGGGGUGGGGACACACACAACUGUGUUCCUUCCAGAUACCUUGUUCUAUGUCAGGGUGGGGUCUGUAGCAGAAUGCAUUGCAAAUAGCCCCACAUCCAGUUCCCAGGAUCUCUAAGCAAGGCUAGGGGAAACCUCUGUCUGAAACCCUGGAGAGCCAGUCAGUCUAGACCAGCCUUUGCAAACAAACGCUUUUGGACUACAACUCCCAUCAGCCCCUGCUGCCAGUACAGCCAGUGGUCAGGGAUGAUGGGCAGUUGUAGUCCAGUAAUACCUGAAAAGCUGCCCUUGGUCAGAAUUGGCCUAAGGCAGCUCCCUGGCUUUUUAGCAUUAGAUAACAGUGCAGGGAGUUAUACAGGACAGAAAUUCUGGGGCAGAAAUUUCUGGCUUUUGUUUGCUUUCUCUCUUUUGUUUAAUAGGACCAUACUAACUGGAUCCUGCUUCAGGACCAUUCAGUACCCACAAAGCUUUUCGCUGAGUAUAGAUGGUACACUAUUUGAAAACAGCUGUCUGCUGGGGCUGCCCGGCCUGUGUCAAAUCAUGUUUUGCUGCAAUGAAAUGUGUGUGGGGGGGGGAUGCACCUCACGGUUCAUACCCGUCCCUACUGCAAAAGGAUGGGCUCAGUGUCCCCGCCCCGCCCCCGGCUGCGAUGGGAUCUGAGCAGAGGGUUUCAAUUGUCCGUCUGAAUGUCUCCUAACCCAACACUUCCCAAACAGGUACUACAGCUACACACCUAUUUUCCACAGUUUGUGAGAAACAAUCAUUUCUGCAAGAUAUUUUUAUAUCCUUUUAUGUGUACGUGUGUCUUUUAUAUAUAUUUUAUAUAUAUAUAAAUAUAUUUUAUCCUAAAGCUCUCUCUCUCUCUCUGCAUGUACUCAUCCUGCAUUGAGCUCUGUUGGAAAUCCCCAUCGUAAGCCAAUUGCGAGAGGUGGUGGGGUUUUUCCGCAGGGGUCUCAAAACAUUUCCACUUCAAGGACUGUUCCAGUAUUUAAGGAGCAUUUUCAGGUUUUUGCCUUGUUUUCUAUAAUAGGGAUGGGGAAACUGCUGCUGUCCAUAUAUUAUUGGACUACAACUCCCAUCAUCCCUGGCAGUUGUCUGUGCUGGCUGCAGCUAAAGGGAGUUCAGCCAAAAUGACAGCUGCAGGGUCCCCACCCCCAAUCUGCAGCCCCGAGUGCCAGGACUGGUAUGGGGCAGGAAAUUCAGAAUCUUGAAUCCAGCUUCUCUCUGUGGAUUUUAUUUUAAACUCUAUUCCAUAGAAUUGUAGAGUUGACCAGGGCCAUGAGCAUCAUCUAGUUCAACCCACAGCAGUGCAGGAAUCAAUUGCCCAAGAUGGGACUUGAACCCACAACCCUGAAAUUAAGAGUCUCAUGCUCCACCAAUUGAACUAUGCAUAAAGCUGCAUAGAUAAGAAAUACCUAUUCCAUGACACUGCAUAGGUAAGAACAGGCUGCUUAGCUAUAACCAUAGGGUGGUAGCAGUGGGGAACAUUAGGUUCAGGGGCAAUAUGUGGCUCUCCAUGCGUCUUAUCUGGCCCUCAAAACUCCCCAGCCACACCACUCGCUGACUCUGCUUUGCAGCCUCCUUGAAUGUUUUCCCCAAGCUGGAAUGUGUCCUUGAACAUUUCUAAUGUCUCUUGGCUUGCCUAGAUGGAGGAUAGAGAAGGGUCAACUAGAGAGAUAACAUUGACAUUCUCACUGUUGUCACUUCCAUUUCUUGCCCCACCCACCACAGAUAAGUGGUGCUUAGGAGGUUAAAUAGGACCACUCUAUUCUGCCUUGGUCAGACAACACCUGAUCUGUGUUCGGAUCUAGGCACCACAAUUUAAGGAGGAUAUUGACAAGCUGGAAUAUGUACAAAGGAGGGUGACCAAGAUGAUCAAGGGUCUGGAAGCCAGGCCUUAUGAGGAGUUUGGUAUGUUUAGCCUGGAAAAGAGGAGACUGAGAGGAGAUGUGAUAGCCAUUUUCUAAUAUCUAAAGGUCUGUCACACGGAAGAGGGAGCAAGUGUGUUUUCUCUUGCUAUGGAGAAUAGGACCCAAACCACUGGCUGCAAGUUACAAGAAAAGAGAUUCCGACUAAACGGCAGAAAGAACUUUCUGACAGUAAUAGCAGUUCGACUCCCUCGGGAGGCGGUGGAGGUUUUCAAGCGGAGGUUGGAGGACCAUCAGUCAUGGAUGCUUUAGUGGAGAUUCCUGCAUUGCGGGGGGUUGGGCUAGAUGACCCUCGAGGUCCCUUCCAACUCUACAAUUCUAUGAUUCUAUGCCUAAAGGGAUGGAUGUGGCCCUCUGGCUGAAGAAGAUUCCCCUGCCUCACCUGCAAUGGGACUUUGAUUGGUAGAACCAACAACUGAGCUUAAAGACAACACUGUGACUAAUACCCAGAGCAGCCCCUAUAUAUGCUCCACACAGAGGUGGCUAUCCAUUAUACGAUCUCUCCACUGCAGCUCCUGCUUCACCAAAGCUGAAGUUCCAUACUUGCAAGACCUUAAGAGCUUGGUUUGCUCUGACAGGGACUUGAGGCGGCUUACAGAUAAAAAUAAGCACAGCUAAAAGCAUUUGGGGGGGGGGACGCUGACGAUAAUUUAAAAACAAUCAAACAUCAAUAGAAUUAAUUUAUCUAAUCUAUGAAAACCAUACCAAUAAUUACAAUAAAACCAACACGGCACCAGCCCUUUCUUUAAAAGCAAUCAGUUCCCAAAAUUCUGUUGGAAUGAGAAAGUCUUCACCUGCCGGCAGAAGGACGACGAGGAGGGAGCCAGUCUAACUUCUCUAAGGAGGGAGUUCCAAGGUCUGGGAGCAGCCACCGAGGUCAUCUUCCACAUCCCCACCAAAUGUCCCUGUGAUGGUGGCAGGACCAAAAUGAAGGGCAUCCCCUGAAGAUCGCAGAACCCAGGCAGGUUCAUAUGAGGGAAUAUGGUCUUUCGGAUAGCUUGGACCUAAGCUGUGCUGGGCUCUAUAGGUAAUUACCAGCAUUCUGAAACAGACUGGCAGCCAGAGAUGCAGUUCUAGUAGUUGUAAGGCUCCUUAUGCAGCAAUCUGGCUGCAGCUCUUUGACCCAGCUGAAGUCUCAAAACACUUUUCAAAGGCAGCCCCACGUAGCGUGUUGCAGUAAUCCAAACACUCUCACCAUGGCCAAAUCAGUGGCAAAAGCUAUUUUCCUGGUUGCAAUGCAGAAAUACCAUUCCACUCCCUUACACAGCGUUUGCCAACAUGGUACUCUUCAGAUGUUUGGGACCACAACUCCCAUCAGCCCCAACCAGCCAGCCUUUCAUGGAAUUGUAGAGUUGGAAGGGACCCUGAGGAUUAUCUAGUCCCAACUCCUUGCAAUGCAGCUGUCCCAUAGGGGAUCAAACCUACAACCUUGGUAUUAUCAGCCCCACACUCUAACCAACUGAGCUAUCCUUGGUAAGUAUCUGGAGAGCACCAGGUUGGCAAAGGCUGGCCUAACACGUGUCAGCCUCCAUGAACGUGUAUUUUCUUGCGGUACAUAAGCACGAGGAAGCAGGUUAUUUGGGACAAAGGUUUAGGUGGCCUCCUGGAGCAACAAAGACAGACCCUGGAGCAUGAAAGAACUAAGAUGAGCCCUGUGGCUGCUUCCACCCUGUUCUCAUAGUGGCCAAACAGAUGCCCACAAGCAGGACCUGAACCAAAGAAGGUAAUAAUACUGGCCCAAG